AUUGUCUUUUUAGCUAAUAUAGUUUUAAUCCAAAUAAACCGCGAGUUCUAACCAAUGCUACUUUUUCACCUAAAUUCUUGAACUACCAAUAUAUCUAAAAUUAGGAACAGUUGUGAAUAUUAUAAUAGGUUAACUUGUUUCCCUAUUCCCCUAGAUUAGGAUAGGACCAUUUAUUGACUACCUACAGUGUGUUUAAAAUGGUUGGCGGCGAUGAAGAAGCUGUUGAAGAGCCGCAGGUAGACCUCCUGGAUCAGCAAGAGGACAACACUCUUUUGACAACUUUUCAAAUCAAACCAAGCCUCGAUGAAAAAUUCAAGCCUCAACAGGCAAGAGAAAUAAUCUAUUCUGUACUGCAAGAGAAUUUAGGAGACAAAUCAUACCCUGAAGAUGAAAACGAGAAAAAGGAACUUGUGAAAAGCCUUGCUAUAAAAAUCAAACAAAAAUGCAGAGAGAUGGACUAUGUCAAGUACAAGUUCGUGGUGAAUGUUGUGAUGGGUGACCAGAGAGGAGCAGGCAUCAGUAGUGCGUCACGUUGCUUCUGGGAUGCCGACGCAGACGUUUGCGCCUCCAACACCUUUUUGAACGGAAAUUUUUUCUGCAUGGCAGCUGUAUUUGCAGUUUACUUCUAUUGAACUCUGCUCCAACUGAGAACGCCUCUGCACUGAUCACAUUUCCUCUUGUAAAUAAAAAUUUAUGGUUUAAGCAAAA